AUGGCUUCUUUUCUAUUCUCUGCUUUGGGGACCGUGAUAGUUGGAAAAACCGAAGAAAUCAAGGAUUUUUUGCUUACAGCCAGGGGAAAGGAUGCUGCAUCUGCCAAGAUCGUUAAGAACAGGGGUAAAGGAAAGUUCAAGGUUCACUGCAGCAGGUACCUUUGUACCUGGUCAUCAUGGAGAAGGGGAAGGAGAAGCCGAUGCACCCUGGCCAUCACAGAGAAGGGGAAAGAGAAGCCAGUGCAGGAUCUUCCCCCUUGUUUGGCAGUGAUGGAGCUGAAACAAACAAACAAACCAAACCCGUCUUGUUCGGACUGUAUUAAAAACCUAGGUAAAAGCCGGCUGUGA